AUGGCAACGUCUCAAAAAUCAGUGAAGAACUAUUUUUUCGAAGUACCAAAAUCAAAUUUGGCUUCUAAUAGUCAACUUACACGGGAAGAAAAUGCCAACCAAUCAGAAGUACCCCUCCAUUCUUCUCAAAGACAAGAAAUUGAUUUAAAUUCUUUAGAAUUUGAUCCAACGAAAAGGACUCCAAUCUUGAACUAUCAUCCAAAUGAUCGUGAUGUAAUUAGGAGAGCAUACCUCCGACAAGGUCCUUGUCAACCUGAGAAUCAUAUUUUUCCUCAAAUAGAUUUUUAUGGAGAUAUGCGUCGUUUUAAUCCUGAAUGGUUUAAAGAGUAUCAUGAUUGGUUGGAAUAUAGUGUAACUAACGAUGCAGCAUAUUGUUUGAAUUGUUAUUUGUUUAAAGAUGAUAACAUUCAUCAAGGUGGAGGUGAAGUAUUUUCUACUGUAGGGUUUAAGAGUUGGAAUAAGAAGAAAAGUUUUAAGCAACAUCUUGGUGGGCCGAAUAGCACUCAUAAUCAGGCAAAAAAGAAAAGUGGAGAUCUAAUGCGACAACAAUAG